AUGGACAAAUGCGCCCAGUAUGUCAUAGCGGCAUUCAGACGAAUCGCGGCGACCAUCAAUGCCAGUGUUGCCUUCGAGGAAGUUUCCCUUUUCCAGAUUAUAUCCUAUUCCCUUGUGCCUUUGACGGCAUAUCUAGUACUGGUUUCGUUUCUUCGGUUUCGUCGCUUACGAUGGCUACACAAAAAGUAUAAUUAUUCUGGCCGGGAAUCACUAGCUCGAAUGACCGAUACAGAGGCAUGGGAAAUCCAAAAGAUUCUGUUUGAGCUGGAGUUCCCUUUUAUGUUUUUCCAGGCUCUUCAGUUCGCACUUUUUAAGACCUACGGUAUACCUACAAUUUCGAAGCUACUCGCUUCCACCAGGCAAUCCUCGAACCCGGAAAAUGCCCUAAAACGCUACGCCGACACGGGUGCCCUGCUUCAAGAGUUUAUGGGCAACCCCCCUUCUUCAAGGCGCGCUUAUGAAGCAAUCGCACGCACGCGCUGGAUUCACAGUGGCUACCGUGCGAAAGGGAAAAUCUUAGAAAGUGAUAUGCUAUACACACUUGGUCUAUUUGCCAUUGAGCCCAUAAGAUUUAUCGAGAAGUAUGAGUGGCGAAGAUUGAGUGACCUCGAAAAGUGUGCCAUAGGUACAUUCUGGAAAAGUCUGGGUGAUGGCUUAGGUAUUAGUUACGGCGCUCUUCCGUCAAAGGAUAAGUGGAGAGAUGGGCUCCAUUGGCUCGAAGAACUCUCCAACUGGAGUAGUAACUAUGAGAUUCAGCAUAUGCGACCACAUAUCAAGAAUCGCGAAGUUGCGGACCAGGCGACUGCUAUAAUAUUAUACACGCUUCCUCAGUUCGCUCACUCUGUUGCGGUUAAAUUAACUUCGUUUCUUAUGGAUGUUAGGUUACGGAAAGCUAUGUUAUAUGAGCCCCCAUCAGCUGCAUAUACUAGAAUCUUCGACUUUUUACUCUCUGUCCGCCAAUUCACCAUCCGUCAUCUCCUGCUCCCUCGCCCCUAUUUCCUCCGUUGUACCAACUACACCGAGCACACAGAUACGAAUGGUCGCAUUUUUAAUACUCAAUGGGGCGCCGCACCGUAUUAUGUCAAGCCAACUGUAUGGAAUCGGUGGGGGGCGAUUGCUUGGUUGACUUGGCUGCGAGGUGGCCCUCUCCCUGGUGAUGAGAAGUACUACCCCCAAGGCUACUAUAUUCCCGAUGUUGGACCAAAGUAUUUCGAAGGCAAGGGCCGAGAAGCCUUAGCCACAACUAUCGAGGAGUUAAAGGUAUCGCGAAAGGGCCAGUGCCCAUUUCAUUGA